CUUCGGACUUCACGUUUCCGUUCCAGUGGCACAGCUAGCCAUAAACUGUCGGCGACGGCGUUGCUGCCCUCUCCCGAUGGAUCUCGGCACCCUUUGGAUGUGUACGAGUUCGCCGAAGAGGAUUUGCCUGGCAGUCCUGGUCGACGAAGCGCGUCCAGAGGGCUCUGGGAGUGUCUCCUCGGGUGCAGGCAUAAAGUAGAUCAGCAGCUGGCGAGGAGGAGGGUGGAACAGGGUCUGCGUCUGUACAAUCAACACAAACAGCAGGCUGCCGUGAGGAAGUGGCGCAGCGCUCUCAAGAGAAUCCGCAAACGGGAAGACAAAUUCGCACUGCUCGGAUACCUGUACCAGGCUUACAUGGACUGGGGCAAAUACAGGGAGGCGCUAGAGUUCGCACACCGGCAACUUGGUCUCGCCGAAGAGGCCGACAGUCCGAACCUGCGAGCAGAGGCAUACCUCAACUUGGCACGGGCACACGAACGCUUGGGUGGCCUGGAGCGUGCACUUGCAUAUGCUCGCCACUCCCUCUAUAACGAGUGUGAUCAGUGUCGGACAGCAGGGCAUGUGCAUCUCACAGUGGGCAGUGUCUACUUGGAGCUGGCCGGCUUCUGCAAGGCGUUAGAGGCCUUUCAACAUGCCCACAAGAUUGCUCAAGGAAUUCAGGAUCCUGCCCUGGAACUUCAGGUAUAUGUUGGGCUGUCUGAGCUGUUCGGGAGACUACAGGAUGCUGAUAAGAGUGCUCGCUAUGCAGCAAAAGCAUAUGACUUGUCAAGAAGUUUGCAACUGGGUGACCUGAAUUCCCGCCACCACCGAGCCGCUCUGCUGCAAAUGGCAUCAGCGCUACGCAAACAGGGAGAGCUGGGGGAUGCACAUGACUACUGUAGUGAAGCAACACGACUGGCACUGGUGUCUGGGGACCAGGCCACAUAUGCCAGAAGUAUCCGAAUCAUGGGUGAUAUCUACCGGAAAAAAUCUGAAAUAAAUAAAGCGUACCGGCAGUAUGAGAGUGCAAUGGGAUCAGCAGCAGGAAUGGGUGACAGACUCUGUCAGAUGGAGGCUAUGGAUGGAGCUGCAAGAUGUCUAGAGGCACUAAGACUGCAACAGAAGAUAUGCAAUUGCCGCCCUCUGGAAUUCAACACCAGGCUUCUAGAGGUUGCUAGUUCUGUAGGGGCUAAGCUGUUAGUGAGAACAGUUCGAGUCCGCCUGAGCCGCAUCUACCAGAGUUUGGGUGAUGAUGAACAACAAGCAGUACAUGAACGGCUGGCACAGUGUUUAGAAGAGGAGCUGGAAUUACAGUGUGGUGCCUGCAAUUUGCCAUUUGGGCUGGAUUCUGACAGUUUGGAGGCAUUACCUUGUUCGCACAUACUCCAUGCCAGAUGUGCUCAUGACAUUCUGAAGCGCCGAGACAAAAAGAAGAAACGCAUCUGUCCAGAUUGUCACCGUUCAGUAAGCUCUCGGCUGUAUCUCUACUGUGAUGAUCCCCACAGCAUGAACCAGCAUCACUCCACUUUCAGCCUUGCAAGCCUGAGUCUCAGAGCAAGUAGUCUGACACUCAAUAGCCAUCAAGCAACUUCAUCUGUUUAAGGUUGGAACCACUGCCAAUGGUAUCGAAAAUUCAAUCUCAGAACUGAUAAGCUCAUAGUCAUGUUACAUUUUCUGGAGAGGUGCUUGAAUUAAGGGAUGCUCCAAGUGUAAUCGUAUGAGAAUGAGUAUUCUGAUGGGGAUACGUAUUGUCAUACUAAGGAUGAAAAUGCUUGGUCCAUAAAAUUCAGUCUAGAGGAUGCAGAAUAAAUUUAAAUCAUGAUAUCUGUGAAUGUAAGUCCCACAUUUUAAGGAAAUGCUCACCAUAUAUAGUGUUGUCUUUGUUGUUAUGUUUUAUGAACAUUUAUGAAUAUUAUUAAUAGUUUCCUAACUUCUCACAAUCCAAAAGUGCACAUAAAUGUGGUCAGUUGUUGAAAACAUUACUGUAGGAAAAGUAGCAUACAUGGUUCUUGUACAAGAAGCAAAUAUUGCCACAAAUAAACCAUUUCAACAAAAAUUAGAGAUACUGGAAGUAUUUUCAAUCUAACAGAGUGAAAACUGCAAUUAGCAAUGUAGGUAAACAAAAUGUUAGGAGAUGAACACACAUUGUGUGCUUCCUCUUCUCUCAUUUCUGAUAUCCCUGACAUAUUUAAACUAAAGUCCUGAUCAUUUUACUCAACAAUUUAUUUUCACAUGUAAAUCUAUACAAGAUUAAUUGAGAAGUGUUAUUAGUAAACAUGCAUAUAGCUUUUUUUAUUAUGUAUACUGAACAAAAUAUAUUUGACCAUUAUGCAGUGCUCAUACAUUCAAUUAUUUCAUAGUAAAAAUUUUAUGGUUUUGGAAACAUAGAAGAAUCUUGCAGAAAACUACCCACAAAGACACUACUGAGAGACUAAAAAGAGCACAGUGGCAUAGGCUGUCAGUUAUAGCUAGAGACCAGAUGUACAAAAACAAUUUGGAAUGUAGGACAGAGGGACAGUUCUUGAUACCUCACUUGGAUGGCUGGUACAAGAAAUACUGUAAGUGACAGACUCUCUACAUACUUCCAUUAGACACUGUAAUUACUACAACACACAUACAGGAAUUCUACCUAUAACUGACAGUCUGUGGGUGAUCCUAUUUUUCUCAUUGAUAUAUAUAUUUUUAUAUAAACAGGAACAAUACCACAGCAGAGUUUUAUCAUUUUUAAUGUGUUAUAUAAUCAUCAAUGUUCAUGAAUAAUUUGAUUUUCCAGAUCUCUUUAUACUAUUUCAUUACAUUCUCAUCAGUACAUUUGUCUCAGAAUAUUUACCUGGUUUGACACCAAUUUUAUCAUCUCUGGAGAGAUAUUAAAUUAAUAUUUUCAAGCUUUCCAACUUCUGUAUUGACAGUAAUCUGUAUGUAGAUUUAGGCUCAUUUAAACUGUUACUAUUUAUCCCUUUGUCACGCCAAUUAAAUCCAAAUGCACCUAGUGCAGUAGAAGCCCUUUAAGUAUUCAUAACCCUGUGAAACCUACUGUAUAAGUAUGACAGAUUUGAUGUGUUGUAGAGAACUUCUUGAAUAGCUCAGCAAUUAUAGCUUCUCCAGAAGAACUCCAUCUUGGAGUUGGUCAGUCAGUUAGUUACACAACAAAAUAUUAAUUUUAUCUUUCAUUUAAGUAUUCACUUUUAAAUACCAAAUAUAACCAACUGGAAAGCCAAUGUUGAAGAAGAUGCAAAAAUGAUAAUGGAUAUAACUUAAUAUAUGCAAUGACUCAGUCCCAUUAAUUCAUGAAGAGUUUUUACUAACAGGAUAUAAUCACUUACUUGACUGUUCCAUUGGAACAAGGAGCUGUUUCCUACAUGCAAAGUCAUCCAAAAUCAGACACGAACUUCUUUAAAAACAGCCACAUGUUUUCGUAUUGCACAUUGUUUUUUUUAAAUUGUAACUUCAUAUGCAUGAAUAGAUGCAUUAUGAAUCCUGAAAUACAUGAGUAUAAGCAAAUAUGCUGGCUGUAACUGGCACAAACUUAAAGUGUUCACUUCACCUCUAUCUAUAACUGUACUCAUUAAAACCAUUAUUAAAGUUACAUUUUGUACAGUAAUGAAUUUAAAUCUAGCACUUCCAACAUAUGAAGCAAAGUGUAUAACUUUACUCCUGAAUAGAAAAACUCUGAAAUUUAGUAUACUAAAAUAUAGAGCUGCAUAAGUACUCGUAAUAUAUUUGAUAAGCAAGGAACCAGGUUGGAAAAAAUUCACACAGUGUCAUAAAAUCCACUUUGGUACUUGUUGAUCAUUAAGUAAAAAAUAUGUAAUAUGGAAACGUUAUAUAUAACAAACAAUAAUCUUCUCAUUUCCACACAAAUUUUGUCUGAAGUAAAUAUAAAGUUUUUUACUUCAGAUUCUCACAGCACUGACUUUGAAGAAUCAUAUCUUCCAGGGUGAAUUCCAUGUAGUCCAGUGGAAAUUCCCUGACAUUCCUCAGACAUAUCAGCGAACUUUUACUUAAUUACACAGUUUUAAAGACCAAAAGAUAAGUACCCUUGAAUAUGAAACUCUUUCAGCUGAAGAAUCCUGGACAAUGAUGUACAGAAAUUAAGAAAUUUUGGGGACUGCAGGAAAAACACUGUAAGAGAAUAUUUAUGAAGACCUUAAACUAAAUCAAUUGUCCAUAUUAUCCAGUUAUAAACAAAACUAAAUUUUAGUGAUAAAGGAUUUGUAGUAAAUUAAUUCAAUCAGUCUGGAGUGCCAUUCAUUAGGACCAGAUUAAGACUUUACAAGACACUAAGCUAUGAUAAUGAUGAGGCCCCUAUGAUGUUCUUUUCAAGUACUGUUGAUAAAAAAUACAUAAACAUUAAAAAUGUUUAUAUUAGUAAUUUCAUGGCAGACCUUUUUCAUUAUAGAAUAUACUGUAUUACUUCAAAUAGAAGAUGCCCUGAAAUUUAAGAUACAUCCACUUUUUAAAUGUUGCUUUCAGGAAAAAAUUAGAAAGGUGCACAUUUCUCAAAUUUAACAAGAAAAAUGUGAGAAAUGUGUCUUAUAUUCAAAGUAAUACAGUAAUUUAACAAAAUCAUAAAGAAAUAUUGUUUCAAAGAAGUACCAUAUUUUGACAAAAAGCAAUGUAAAUAAAUUACCAAGUAAUGUUAAUUUAUGUGUGAAUAUGUAUGGGUAUGUGGAAUUGCACAAGUACAUUGCUUGGCAAAUGUUCCACACCUCUUCUCCACAGGGAGUGAAGCAACCACCUAAUUUGUUUUUGAUUGUCACGGCUGUUCCUGUUUAUGAUGUUUCCAUCCUUCCAAACUGACUAGAUGUAGUUGGCUAUUUUUAUCUUCCAAGUUUUAGAGAAAAAUGUUCUGUUUGACUCGUAGUUGAUUUUCUUUCUCAGUAUUUGAAGACACUAAGCUCUAACUUAUUUAGAUUAUACAACAACUGGCACUGUCAUUCAUACAUGCUCACAGAGAGCUGGACACAAUAAUAACCAUUUCCACAGUGAAUGUGAAAUACACCUAUGAAGGAAAAGGGAUAAUUUUUGUGCAUUUUCUUAAUUAUACUGUAAAGGAAGCAAUUCUGCAUGUAGCAUUAAUAUUCUGACAACAUCCAUAAAUAUUCUUUGCCAGUAUUAUUGAUACUUGAUUCAACCAUUUUUUUUUUCACCAGUAGAUAGCUGUAUGAUGCUAUUAUUAUUUGAUCACAGUACUGUGAACACUGGAGAAAGUAUUGAAAGCUUUGAAAGUAUUAACAUCCAGUUUGUUACUAACAAGAGUGAUUUUGUCUGCACUGCAGAAUUGCAGAAUACUGAAUUUGCUUAGCUAAAAAUUUUGUAGUACUAUGUAAGUCCACUGGAAAUCAAGAAGAAUAGCAACCUUGCCCACUGCAAGAACUGUUACAUGAUUAUAUUGCCUGCAUUUUAAGUAGAGGUAGCAAUUAUUCUCUUUCAAAUUAUAUUUUGUAAGGAAAAUACUCCAAAUAUGUAGUUAAAGAAUGUAUGAUAACUUAACAUAUAAUAUUUUCUGAAGAAGAGCCUAUAUGCCUGCCAACAAGGAAAGGCUCAUAUACAUAUUCCAUCAUCCUGUGGAGAAUUUGAAUAUUAACUUGCCAUUAUUUACCAGUUCUGGAGGAAUACUGAAUCAUGAAGAGAGUGACACAAUGGUUUUGCUGUGCAUUCUUUGCAAGGACAUAAAAUGAAUUAAUAAUGAGAACAUUAUGUGUGUCUGUCUGCCAACCAGAUGCUUCAUGAAAUUAUUCAUUGCAAGAGAAUAAAAUUUGUUAUUGCCCCUCUGCACCAAAGUUGUCAGGCAGAGGCAGCGGGAUCCCCCAAAACACUGGUACCUACUUACCAAACUACAUGGAGUAAUAACCCAGAGGAUUAUAAUUUGGAAGUGUAAUUUUAUUGUGUAUCAGUAUAAUUUACAUAAAACCCAAAUAAAACUAUAACUUUUCCCAAAAGCAGUUCAUAAAAUUAAAAUGGGCAUAUGUUAUUAAAAUAAAAAAACAGAUUAUUAUAAUUUUUGCCUUUUAUUUGUAAUAUGUUUUGUAAUAUGUCAGAAUUACAGGUUCCUCCACUCUUAAUUAGCUCUGACACAAAUAAACUUGCAUUGUACUCUACAUUACCUUGGCACUAAAUUGUGCCACAAGUUAGUUAAGUUAAAAGUAACAAAGAAAUUAAUUUCUAUCUGCACUAAAUGAGACCGUAGAAGACUGAGAAUUAAUUAAGAACAAUUUGGAAAAUUCUUGUAUUCCAUUCCACUCCUCUUAGAGUCAUACAAGACCAUUGUAAUUGUGUCAUGAAGCUGUGAUUUGUAUUCUGACCCUUUGGUUUUAUUUAGGUUAUAAUUAGUGAUGGCAUUGGUACUACUUCAGUGGGUUCCAACCUCAGAUAAGAAUCCAAAUCACGAUCAUGAAAAUACAAACUUAUUUAAUACUGAAAAGAAUCCAAAAGUAUAAACAUAAGUCUGACAGUUAGGACAUCCUGUCACUGAUCAGUUUAGCAUGACAAUAGAAAGACAGCAAUCAGUGGAAUAUUUCCACUACCCACACAAAUGAAUGUAUGAUAUUCAGGUUAUCUCUCUUCACCCACCUAAUGUUUCAUCUGCCAUUAUGUCCCCUUCUCAAACCAAACGAUGUAUUUAAAUGUAAUUUGGAUGGAAAGUCUACAAUGAAAUAUUGUCAUGCAUAUUUAAUAUCUGUUCAUAUUAAUCUAAUAAAAUUCUACUUUAUGUAGGACCCUAAAUUAUUUUUUUCUUGUGAGGUUAAUAUAUGCUAAUGGGCCUAGUUCUAAUAAAUUAAAGAAGAAAUUUUUGAUAAACUAUGCUCUGCACUGCACUAAACUGAACUGGGUUUGCACAAGAUCUUUACCAUUAUUGUUAGAUGUAUCACCCUUCAAGAAAUUUCUAGGAAGAAACUGGAUGGCAUCAAAUUCUGGUGUUUGCUGAGCAGUUUCCAGAAUAUUUCAGAAAAGGUGAUCUCAAUAUUUUGAUUGAAUAAGAGGCAUAUGCGGGCCAGGGAACACAAUUUGCCUAGUGCUCACAUCUCACUACAAUAUCAUUAUGAUAGCCAUCACCAUUACACACCACUGUCACUGCUCUUUUAUCAUCUCAUUGUCUUUGCUAUUAUUGUAAUCACUACUUUCUGUACUUUUAUGGCUUUCAUAAACAUACUGAAGUUGCAUUAUAUAAAUUCAGCUUCUUUUUAAUAAAUGAACUAUAGUUGAUAGGCAUCUUGUAGUAAUCCAGUUCAUCCACAUUUUAUGAAAUGUAUGUUCUGUUUCAGUUAAACCUUCACUUUCAGUUUGACCUUGUAACUUACUACUCUGAUAUCAAGACAUUUAGACGCUUUUCUUCUGUUAUCUGCAUCUGCUAAAAAAGUAUAGGCUAUAUUUGGAGAGGAUAAAUUUCUGUAGACCAGGUUUAUAAAUUCAUUAACAACAUAUUCUUAUCAACAAGUAAAAUUAGGUGAAUUAACAAGAAAAGCAGUUAGUUUAAUCAUAGUAAGUGGUUUUGUAUAUAUAUUUAUUUUCCACAUUUCACUUUUUUUAAUUAUACAUGUAAGAGAAAUUGGAAAAACUUGAAAUUAACACAAUAAUCUCAACUCCUUCACAUCAGCAAAACAUUCCCAAAAGCGAGCAUAAAGAAUCUGAGUACAGACUGCCACACUAUGCCAGCAAAAUUAAUUUGUACAAUUGAGGUCUAAUAUAACUACAUAAAAACUUUUUUUCUAGCGUAUGUAAUAUAAAGAAAGGAUGAUCAGCUACAGACCCAGCAACCAUUCAAGCAAAUCUGGGCCACUGAUUGCCUUCCUCUAGGUACAACCUUGCGCUGCAUACUCACUUUGCCUACUUAACUUCUCUAAUGGAUUUUUUACUUUUUUUAUUGCUAGUGGGGUGGGACUAAGUCCCUUGUACUGCGACCACUUCUGGCCUAUUGU